CUCCCCUCUCCUUCCUCUCACACGCAGGCCUCAAUGCUGCACUCACCAGAGGAGUUCUCGGUCAACCAGGGUAGAGAAUAGAGGGGUGAGACAUAGGCAGGUCUUUUUUUUUAGAGUUCCAACAGGCCCUAACAAGGCUUCUUACCUUAUUCUCAAAGGUACCUGCAGACAGAGUUGGCUAAUGAGAGGGCAAGCAUGAGGACAACCUACCCUUUCUCAUCACCCGCCCUGUCCUCAGGACCGAGGCAGAUUUGGUAAACCAGAGACUUGGUGUUUUUCCACCCGAAAGCCUCAAUUUGGUCUUCUUGUUUUUAUCAUUUGGAGUGAUCACCUUUCGUCACUCUGUUUUGGAAUACACUGAUUUCUUAGAAGAAAGGGUUUGUGUAAAGCUUUCCUCCUGGAUUACUUGUGGAGAUUAGUGAUGGGGAAUGCGGCUGCAGGGGGCCUGGAGCAAGAACCGGCUGAGGGCCGAGAGGCCAGGAACUCAGUCGGGGCAGCUCCAGCGAUGAGUGACCCCACACCAACCUUGCAGAAGAAGCAGCCGGCUACCCCCAAACUUCCCAUGCCCCCAGAGGAUGAGCUGGAGGAGCGCUUCAAUGUGGUGCUGAGCUACAUGAACUUGCCUCCGGAUAAACUGAAGCUGUUGAGUCAAUAUGACAAUGACAAGAAAUGGGAAUUAGUCUGUGAUCAGGAGCGUUUCCAGGUGAAGAGCCCCCCAUCCGCUUACCUGACCAAGAUCAAGAGCUUCUACCAGGAUCAAGGAGGGGUGACUCGUAGGUUAAAGAAAAGGAUCCAAGAUGCCACUCAGGUUCUCAAAGAUUUGGAGAUAUCCCUUCGCACCAAUCACAUUGGAUGGGCCGAGGAGUUUCUCAAUGAGCAGAAUAAAGGUUUGGAUGUUCUGGUAGAAUAUCUGUCUCAUGCACAAAGCGACCCCUCGUUUGAUAUGGAGACUGUGGAAAACGGCACGCUGUCAGACAGAAAAAAGUCAGCAGAAAGGUCAAUGGAAGAUUUGACCAAGAGCCCCAGCAGCACUCAGUCACAUGGGAUGACCAGAGCUGCACGUGCACUGACUGUAAGAAUAAGCUCCACUCUCGGGAACAAGAUGCACAAGAAGUCUCAUUCAUCCACCCAGAGAGAUGACGUACAUGUGUGCAUAAUGUGUCUGCGAGCCAUCAUGAACUACCAGUCUGGUUUUAACCUGGUGAUGACUCACCCACGCUGCGUGAACGAAAUCGCUCUCAGCCUCAACAGCAGGAAUCCCAGGACCAAAGCUCUCGUUCUGGAGCUGCUGGCUGCCGUGUGUCUCGUCAGAGGAGGACAUGACAUCAUUCUCUCUGCUUUUGACAAUUUCAAAGAGGUGAGCAGAGAACGGAACCGCUUUGAGAAGCUGAUGGAGUACUUCAUCCACGAUGACAACAACAUUGACUUCAUGGUUGCAUGCAUGCAGUUCAUCAACAUUGUGGUCCACUCAGUGGAGAACAUGAACUUCCGUGUCCAUCUACAGUAUGAGUACACUCACCUUGGAUUAGACAAGUAUCUAGAGCGUCUGAAGGUAACAGAGAGCGAGAAGCUGCAGGUCCAGAUCCAGGCCUACCUGGACAACGUGUUGGAUGUAGGAGCUCUGCUGGAGGAUGCUGAGAACCGAGGAGGGGUGCUGGAGCACGUGGACGAACUACAGGAACACAACAUACAGCUGAAUGCUCGACUUCAGGACAUCGAGAACCAGGCAGCAGAGAGAAUAACUGAUCUUGAGACUCAGCUCAUGCAGGCCACCAAGGAUACGGAGCUACUCAAAGAAAGCCUGAGAGAGUCAUGUUCUCAAGUCAGCACUUUGCAGCAGAGAGAAAGAGAGCGUGAGCUGGACAGGGAGAGGGAGAAGGACAGGGAGCGUCUCAGUACCUCCAUCUCUCAGACGCCCUCAGAGCUGGAGCAGAAGAUCCAGGAGCUGCAGGACAAAGGGUUGAUCCAGGUGGGACGCAACGCCUCUGGAGGUCUGGACAUCCAGGUGUUGCCCGUCACGGUGGUUGAAUACGUCCAAAGCCCAGCUGCAGCCGCCCAACCUGGAGGCUCUGCUGAUUCUCCUCCCUCAGCAUCUGUCCCUCCUGGCUCCACUCCUGUGCCACCUCCUCCACCUCCCCCACCUCCCCCUCCUGGUGGUGCAGGGCAGACUGCCUCUCCUCCUCCACCGCCUCCUCCUCCACCACCACCUCCACCAGGAGGUUGUGUGCCUCCACCUCCUCCCCCCUUGCAUGUUGCUGUUCCCCCACCUCCUCCUCCUCCUCCUCCUCCUCCUCCCGGUGCUGGACCCCCACCUCCCCCUCCACCACCUGGUGCUGGUCCUCCACCCCCGCCUCCGCCUCCUGGUGGUGGACCACCACCUCCUCCUGGAGCACCAAACGCUCAACCUGGAUUCAAGACCAAGAAGCCUAUUCAGACCAAGUUCAGGAUGCCGUUGUUAAACUGGCAGGCUUUAAAACCAAACCAGGUGACAGGCACGGUCUUCAACGAGCUAGAUGAUGACCAGGUCUUAGGGGAGUUGAACAUGGAGAUGUUUGAGGAGCAGUUCAAGACUAGAGCCCAGGGUAAUCCAACAGACCUGUCCAAGGUGAAGAAAAAGAUGGUCCAGAAGGCUCCCAGCAAGACCUCCUUGAUUGAGCCCAACAAAGCCAAGAAUCUUGCAAUCACUCUGCGCAAGGGGGGAAUGAACCCAUCUAAAAUCUGCACCGCCAUAGAGACGUACGAUCAGCAGUCUUUGUCUUUAGACUUCCUGGAAUUGCUUGAACCCUUCAUCCCAUCAGACUUUGAGAUGAAGCUUCUUAAGAACUAUGAGAAAGAAGGCCGACCACUCGAGGAGCUGGCUGUUGAAGACCAAUUUGUUUUACACUUCGGGAAGAUCCCUCGUCUGAACCAACGAAUAAACACUCUCACUUUCAUGGGCAACUUCCCAGAAACCGUGAAACGCCUGCAGCCGCAACUGAACUCCAUCAUUGCUGCAUCCAUGUCCAUCAAGUCCUCAGCCAAACUGAAAAAGAUCUUAGAAAUUGUUCUUGCCUUCGGUAACUAUAUGAACAGCAGUAAGAGAGGAGCAGCAUACGGGUUCCGGCUGCAGAGUUUGGACCUUCUGUUGGAAACCAAAUCCACUGAUCGCACACAGACGCUACUUCACUUCAUCACCAAUAUUAUCCUGGAAAAAUACUCUGACCUGGCCAACUUCCACACUGAGCUACACUUUGUGGACAAGGCAGCCAUUGUGUCCUUGGACAGCAUUCUGCAAGAUAUCCGCUCCUUAGAACGGGGAAUGGAGAUGACCAAGAAGGAGUUCCUGGUGCAGGAUGACAGCCCUGUAUUGAAGGAAUUCAUUAAAACAAACAGUGAGCAGUUGGAAUCUCUGGCCAAGGACAGCAAGACAGCACAGGAGGCUUACGGCUCUGUGGUGGAGUAUUUUGGAGAGAACCCCAAAACCACGCAGCCUUCCAUGUUUUUCCCCAUGUUUGGACGCUUCAUAAAGGCCUAUAAGACAGCACAACAAGAGAUUGAGCAGAAAAAGAAAAUGGAGCUUGAGAGUCGUGAGGCCAAGGAGCCACCAUCACCAAACAGAGCCGGAUCACAAAAGGGUCCUAUGAUGCCUAAGAUGCCCCAGAUGGAUCUGAUAGCAGAGCUGAAGAAGAGGCAGGUGAAACCGCCAGUACGCGAGGGGAAGGACGGCGCUCUGGAGGACAUCAUCACAGAUUUGAGGAACACACCAUACAGGCGAACAGAUGGUCGUCGGCCUGCACAGCGCCAGGACACUUAAGCCACUUCUGGUUCAAGAUUUAGUUUUUUCCCAAACGUAACUGGAAUCACACUCACACAUACAGGCAAAAAGAACAGGCUUUAAAAAUGUGCUGUACAUACAAUUUAGCAAAAUAUAUAAUUAGCCAUAUGGCAGUGUGUAUUAACAAUAUUUUAGUGUGUUUGCUCUGUAAAUAGAAUUAAGUUGGAAGUAUUUUUUAAAUAAUGAACAGUUCCUGAAUUUGAUUCCAAAUAUUACCUAAAAGCUAUUUUUCUGUGGUGCCCCAUUGCUUUGUAUGCUCUAAUUUGUACUGCUGCCACUAAUUAAGGAAUUUAAAAAAACAUCAUGACUAUAUUUUAAAAAUAAACCAAGUUUUUAACCAUUA